CCGCGGGACAUAUAACCGUAACCGGAAGUAAAUAUCGCCGUAUCCACGCGGUACUGGUUUAAAAUAAUGUGCUGGACACAGGGAGGUUUUUGUCCUUUCAUCAGUCCCUUUCCUCAUGUACCCGACACCUCUUUGCUCUCACGCGGGCCGUGGACCUUUCUCUGAUGUGUAUGAACCGGCUGAAGAUUCAUUUCUUCUCCUUGAUGCUCUGGAGAAAGAUGCUGACAGACUGAAGGGAAUCAGAGCCUCUGUGUGUCUGGAGGUGGGUAGCGGCUCUGGGGUCGUAUCGGCUUUCCUGGCAUCAGUCAUUGGGUCAGAUGCUGUUUAUCUAUGCACAGAUCUGAACCUGACUGCGGCUCAUUGCACGCUCGAGACGUCUCAACGCAACGGCUUACAGCUGCAGCCCAUCGCCACUGACCUGGUAGAUUGUCUCUUGCCCAGAUUAAAUGGAAAAGUGGACGUGCUCGUUUUUAAUCCGCCGUAUGUCGUCACACCUUCAGAAGAGGUGGGCAGCCGUGGCAUUGAAGCGUCCUGGGCCGGUGGUUUUCGGGGUCGAGAGGUGAUGGACAGAUUUUUUCCCAUGAUUCCACAGUUGUUGUCUGAUCAUGGGGUGUUUUAUCUGGUGACUGUAUCUGAUAAUAACCCAGAAGAGAUCGUGGCUCUUUUAGGAGAAUUGGGGCUGAAGGGAGAAGUGUGUUUGUCCCGUCAGGCUGGACGAGAGAAACUUUUCAUCCUGCGCUUUAAUAGAUGAGAGGAUCAUUAGCACAUGAAGACUGUAAAGCACACGUGUGUGUGUGUGUGUGUGUGAAUAUAUUGUCUUUCUCAUCUGACGGGUUUCUUUAAACAGGUGCACAGUAAAAACUCAUUUCCUUCUAAAUGUACAAAAUUAAAUUCUUUUAUGAGCAUCACUAUAUAAACCAAACUCUUUUACUGUUUUAACACAAGAACUGCUGGUAAACCAUCGGUCGUUUGUUUUUCUGUAAAGCAUCACUGAACACGGUUUAUACUUAUAGUGUGACAGAUGGGUCAAAAUAAACCUAUAGGUCAUCAUCAAUGUAUUGAAUGCAUGGAUGUAUAAUGUGUUUUUUCUGUAUGUGUAAUAAAAGACCUUUAGGUUUGUGUUUCAUGUUAAAUCUUCAGGGUUGGUGAGGUUCAAAAACUCAGAAUUAUUGAGUCAAAAAUCUUUUUAUUUGAGAUCACUUUUUUACUUUUUUAGUUUAGUACAAACAAUGCAUUGCCCUGAUCACAACAUUAAACAAUGAAAUGUU